AACAACUAUUUAAAUAAAAAGAAUUUAUUUAUAAAAUUAAAUAUUCAAAAAAAAUAAAAAAAAUCAGAUCAAUCUCUGUAAGAAAGUAAAAAAAGAAUUUAAAACUAUCUUAAAAUGAACUAAUCUAACCCAAAUCGUGGAUAGACUUCAAGUAGCAUGUUUAUAACUAGCUCUUAAGUCGUUACCAGUAGCAAGGUUGACACAAAUAAGGUCUACAAUCCUAACUCUAGAAAGGAUUGGAAGUCUGGUACCUAAUAGCUUGCUGAAAUUUUCUAAGGCAAAGACGAAGAAAUAGAAUACUGGAAGAGUUAGGUCCAACAACAAGAAAUAACAAUUUCCUAAUUGGAAAUUGUAAGAGAAUAGAAGACCAACUGUGAACAUGAAAUCUUACAAUUGAAGCAAAUUCUCAAUCAAAGAGAUUAUGAAAAUGAAGCUCUCAAGAGAAGUUUGGAUGACACUAAUCGUGCUAAGGAUGCAAAAAUUAAUGAACUUGAAGAAAAGUGCACAAACUUAGCUGUUGAAAACGAAAGACUUAGAAAUAUCAUCAAUGCUAAAAAUGGAGAUAUUGAAAAGAGUAAAACUAUUAUAACAUAGUUAGAGAUUAAGGUUGGUGACAUGAAGAGACUUGAAGCCGCCAUCCAAGAAAAAGACGGUCAAAUCCACUUACUCUUGUAGAACAUUGAAGAAUGGAAACAAAGAAAUGUUUAAUAAGAGAGAUACAUUGAAGAAUUAAAGAGAUAUUAAGACCUUUGCAAGGAUUACGAAUUCAAGAUGGGUUAACUCACUAAUGAAAUCGAAAGACUCAACAAUGUCAUCAAGAACUACAUUCAAGAAAAUGAGAGUCAAAGAUCUAGAAUCGCUGACCUCGAACUUCAAUGUGGUUAAAUGCGUUCUUUGGAAGCUCGUAUCAAGGAAUACGAAAACAGAAUUGUUAUGCUUACAUCUGAAAUUAACCGCUUAAAUGAAGUUAUUGGACAAAGAACUAUGGAAGUUCAAGACUGGAAGGAUAAAUGCAAACAAUUAGAAGUUACCAUUAUUAACUUAAAGGUAUUCGAAGAAAAGUGCAGAGAUUAUGAAUAAUAAAUCAGAAAUCUCAGCCAAAUGCUCUCCGAUGAAAAGGCUAAGUAUAGCAAUUUGGAAAGACUCUACGAACAAGCCAAGCUUUUGGAAGUGAAGAUUAGAGAAUACGAAAAUAAGGUUGUUUUACUUACUUAAGAAAUCGAACGUCUUAACAAUGUCAUCGGAUAAAAGCUUUAGGAAUUAGACUAAGCUCGUAACCAAAUCUUAUAGCUUGAAUAAUAACUUGUUAAGUAUAAGGGUAUUGAAUAAAAGGUCAUUGAAUAUGAAAAUAGAAUCAUGAGUUUCUCAUAAGAAAUCGAAAGAUUAAGAAGUCUCUUGGACUAACGUUAAGCUGAAAUAGAUGAAUGGAGAAAUAAAUGCGCCAUUCUUGAAGAUAACUGCAGAAAUUAUGAAAAUCAAAUCCGUAUGUUAAACUAAAGAAUAAUGGAGCUCACCCAAUAAAUCGAUAAUUUAACAAGACAAUUACAAGAUGCUUUAGCUGAAAAUGAUGACCACAGAGUAAAGAGAAGCAAAUAACAAAAGGAUUUAAUUGACUGGGAAGCUAAGGUAGCCUUGUUAACCACUGAAAUCGAACGUCUUAGAACUUUACUUAUCAGAAAGGAUGAAGAAAUCGAACAAUGGAAACAAAAGUACUUCAAACUCGAAGCUACUCUUUCUGAACUACACAUCUUAAGAGAAAAGAACAGAGUCUUGAAUAGUGAAAUUGACAGAUUAAAUGCUUUGAUUUCUGAAUUAGAAACUGAAAAUGCUCAAUUAAAACUUUCAUUGGUCAAUAUUAAUGACUUAUAACUUAAAAUAUAAGAUUUGCUUAUGCUCUCAGUAUAACUCUUCGCUGAAAUCGAAUCAUUAAGAUCCAGAGUUAAGGAUAAAGAAAAAUAAGUUGACGAAAUGAGACGUUCUUCUCUUGCUGCUUACAGAAACUGA